ACGUGACGGCAUUGAAAGUGAGCUCGUGGCAACAAACACCCAUGAGUACAUUAUCCACUUGUCGCUCGUUUUUUUUGCAGUUUUACAACAAUAAUAAAACUUCAAGACUUCGCUAACCUAUAGUUAGCUAAGCCCAAAUAGCAAUGACGAGUGACGCAUCGAAACUGUCCAAAAACCUCUUACGCAUGAAGUUCAUGCAAAGAGGUCUGGAUGCCGAUACCAAGAAGCAACUGGAGGAGGAGGAGAGGAGGAUCAUCAGUGACGAGCACUGGUAUCUCGACCUCCCGGAACUCAAAGCUAAAGAGAACGUCAUCAUUGAGGAGAACAGUUUUGUUCCUUGUGAAGAUUUGAAGUAUGGACGAAUGUCAUUCAAAGGAUUCAAUCCAGAAGUUGAGAAACUAAUGGUGUUGAUGAACACUCUGAAUGAGGAAGAGGUGGAGGAGGAAGAGGAAAUUAGUCGAAUGGAGACUGAUGUCACAGAUGAGGAAAUGGCAAGAAGAUAUGAAAGCUUGGUUGCAAGCAUGAAGAAAAAGUUUGUUAAAAAGCGGGAGAGGCCCGCAAUGGAGAAGCAGGACGAGGAGGAUGCUAACCACAAUGUUGAGCAGACUAAAACAAAAAGGGCCUUUUUGAAACCUCAGGACUGAAAAUACUUUGUUCGGUUACAACCGGAUUUUCACAGUCAACCACAGCUUUCGUAGUUGUGACAGAUAUAAUAGGAAAAUUUGAUAUUUUUAUGGAUGUUAUACAUCAUUUUUUAUAUAAAACUUCUUCAAGAUGCCAGAAUAUGCAACGUGCAUUGUAUUUAUUUGAGCAGUAUAGCAACCUUGUAACAUGAACACAAGUGUGAUUCCCAAUAAAGACACUGCCCAGUU